UAACAAGGAGAUUUUGAGAAAUAGGAUCUUUGAAGACAAGCUCCCUCCCUCUUUGCUCCACCAUCCCUAAGACUCCUUCAAGGCAAGGGUGGACUGGAGGGUGUCUGCUUGUAAAAAGAACUUUCUGAUCCUAUCCCAUCCCUUUCAUUUUCGAUUGCUCAUUGUCAACUGAGGAAAAUGGUCCUAUAACAAGGAGGAAACAUGUGCAGUUUACUUUUGUUCUGUGGAAAUGGAAGUUUCCAUGAAAUGUUCUUCAUGAAUAAGUUUGCUAUGUGUCUUAAAGACCAGAAUAAGAAAACAAAGGAAAUGAGAGCCUUCAGUUGUGGUUCCAAAAUGAGUUCUUUCCUGUUUAUUUUCACCACUUUCUUAGUUAUUCUACCUGUUAACAAUGUUAAUCCAAUGCAGCUGACAGUGAUUGGACCACUCCACCCAGUCACUGCCUCUCUGAGGGAGAACAUUGUGCUACACUGCCAUCUGUCCCCCAGGACAAAUGUUCAGAAUAUGGAGAUAAUGUGGUUCCGUUCCCAGAACUCUUCAUAUGUACACCUUUAUCGCAGUGGCCAAGAUCACCUGGAACGGCAGCAACCCGAAUACCAAGGAAGAACAGAAUUUUUAAAAGACGGCAUUGGGGAUGGAAAGAUUGGGCUGAAAAUUUUUAAUGUCAGCCUUUUCGAUGAGGGAUACUACCACUGCUCUGUUAAGAAUGGGAGUUUCCGACAGGAAGCCACAUUGGAUAUGAAAGUGACUGCAUCAGGGCCUGCUCCUCUCCUUUCCAUUGAAGGUUAUCAGGACAGAGGGAUCCGAGUGAUUUGCCGUUCCAGUGGCUGGUAUCCAAAGCCUGAGGUCCUAUGGAGAGAUCUCAAUGGGAGGCCUCUGUCUUCAUCGGCAAAACAAAAUUCCCAAAGGAAUGAUGGAACAUUUGAAGUGCAAACUGACAUCAUUCUAAGAGGAAGUUCAAACUUGACUUGUGUCAUUAGAAACAUCCUCCUUGAUCUGGAAAAGGAAUCAACCAUCCAUAUAACAAAUCACUUCUUCCCCAAAAUCUCAUCCUGGAUAGUAGCUCUAUGUCUUUCCCUAAUGGCUGUGGUUGGAUUUGCUAUAUUUAUUUUUUACCUACUGAACAGAAACAAAAAGCUGGUCACAGAACUGAAUUGGAGGAACAUGGUGAUACCAGUAGAAAAAGCAAACAUAGUUCUGGAUCCAGACACGGCCAACCAUGAUCUGAUCCUGUCCGCGGACCAGAAGACUGUCAUACAGGGAUUCAUGUGGCAGAGCCUACCAGACAAUGCUAAAAGAUUUAAUAUAGAACGCUGCGUGCUGGGAAAGGAGGGAUUUUCCUCUGGGAAGCAUUAUUGGGAAGUAGAAGUUGGGGAGGAUGGAUAUUGGGCCUUAGGGGUGGCUAGAAAUUCCAUGAAGAGAAAGGGAAGGCUCAUCCUUGUCCCAGAAGAAGGAAUCUGGGCAGUGGGAAAGGACCGGCUCCAAUACCAAGCUCUUACCAUCCCCAAGACCCCUUUGGCUCUGAAGAAGAAGCCCCGGAAAUUGGGGAUUUACUUGGAUUAUGAGAUGGAACAAGUUGCCUUUCAUGACGUCAAUCACCACACACACAUAUUCACCUUCUUCUCAGCUGCGUUCAAUGGGGAAGUGAUCUUCCCCUUCUUAUAUGUAGGGGUAGGGUGCUGGCUUAGACUGUGUCCUUGACGUCUUCCUUUGAGGAGGUUCAAUCAGCAAAUUAAAUAUGACAGAACUGUCCGUCACGUUCUAUGGCCAGCCCUACUGUUAGGCAGAGACGGGCAGCUCAUUUUCUGUAUCAUGCAAGGGCUGUAAAUUGUCAUUUAUGGAUCACUUCUUCUUAAGACAGCUUUGCAGACUUGGAGAGGGAGAAACUUGUGGGGUUUUCCAACUUUUGACUAGGUGGAAGGAUGUCACCCACCUCAGGCAAGAAGAAGUUUGGGGCCAGCCCUUUCUAUGCCUUACUUACUUGCUGCUGAUUUAUCUCAAAUUGUUUCCUCCACCUGAACCCCCACAAUCCUGGAAGUGGGUCACGAAUGGAGAAACAACCUUGGAGCAGUAGGCUAAGGUGGUACAUAUGUAUUACAUUAAGCGAGGGGGAGCAA